AUGAAAUCAGCAUUAAAUUCAUAAUCCUUGUAUGAAGAAUCAAAAUUCUUCGAAAUUGAAAAUCAAUCUCUAGAUAAUAUUAGAAGACUUAAUCCGAAACCAUUAUACUUGAUAUAAUACAACAUACAUUCAAAAUCAGAUCAGGUAUUAUUAUGAAAAUUUAUUUAGAUGUUGGCCUAGAGGAAAAAAUAGAUCUAGAAGCCUUAUAUAAUUAGGGAAAAAAAAUAAAUACAAAGCUAAUAUAUUAAAAUUGAGAAAAAUGAAGAGUUUAAAAAAAUAUAAAAUUAGAGGAGAAAUUCCCUCUCUGUAGACAUUCAUUGCAAAUUUCUCUAACAAAAGCAAAAAGAAUUUUUGCAAUUUCUUUCAAUCUGUCUAGCAAUACUUAUUUUUCUUGUAUUGAUUUUCCAUUAAAAUGAGCCAGUUGAAAUUCAAGGUCUUUUCUGA